UUGAGCUUCAGAGUUCAAAGGCAAGAGCUCCAGAAGAGAAAAGGUAAAUUAGUUGGAAAUGGAAGAAGCUCCAUUGCUACACCAAAAUAGAGCUUCAAAUGGGCACGAGGAGGAGGAGGAGGAGGAGGAGGAGGAGAAGGUGGAGAAGAGCUUGGCGAAAAGGGCAAUAGAGGAAUCGAAUAAGUUAUGGAUGCUAUCAGGGCCAGCCAUCUCCACGUCAAUAUGUCAGUACUCGCUGGGGGCAAUCACUCAGACCUUCGCAGGUCAAGUGAGUACCCUUGCACUCGCCGUCGUCUCUGUCGAGAACUCUGUUAUCGCCGGACUGGCUUUUGGCGUCAUGAUGGGAAUGGGGAGUGCAUCGGAGACGCUAUGCGGCCAAGUAUAUGGAGCAGGAAAGAUUACGAUGCUGGGAAUUUACAUGCAGAGAUCAUGGGUCAUUUUGUUCGUCACUUCUCUUAUUUUGGUUCCAGUUUAUGUCUUCUCUCCUCCCAUUCUAAAGCUCUUUGGUCAGACUGAUGAGAUUGCUGAUGCCACUGGGAGGUUUGCCAUCUGGAUGCUUCCACAAUUGUUUGCGUACGCCUUGAAUUUCCCAAUAGAGAAGUUCCUGCAAGCUCAGGGGAAGUUUUCUGUAAUGGCUUGUGUUGCAGGAGUGGUAUUGCUGAUACAUGUACUGCUUAGUUGGCUUCUAAUUUUGAAGUUAGGUUGGGGUUUGGUUGGUGCUGCCGUGAGUCUCAACUUGUCAUGGUGGCUUGUUGUUUCUGGUAAACUGGCCUACAUUUUUAUUUGGAAAUCUGAUGGAGCUUGGACUGGUUUCUCUUUCCAAGCUUUUAAAGAUCUCUUUGGCUUUGUAAAGCUUUCCUUGGCUUCUGCUGUUAUGUUAUGCUUGGAGAUUUGGUAUUUGAUGAUAGUUAUAGUCAUAACAGGUCAUCUGAAGAACCCAUUGAUUGCAGUUGAUGCCAUCUCUAUCUGCAUGAACAUUAAUGGGUGGGAUUUUAUGAUUGCACUUGGAUUCAAUGCUGCAAUAAGUGUGAGAGUAUCAAAUGAACUGGGAGCCGGUAAACCUGGAGCAGCAAAAUUUUCGGUAUUGGUGGUAUCUACAACAUCCAUAGCCAUAGGACUGGUUUGUAUGGCCUUGGUCCUGGGAACAAGAGAUCACUUUCCUUAUCUUUUCUCCAACAGUGCUGAGGUGAGGAAAGAGGUCACCAACCUUGCACCCUUGCUAGCAACUACAGUGCUUCUAAAUAGCCUUCAACCAGUCUUAUCUGGAGUUGCUAUUGGAGCUGGAUGGCAAGCUCUAGUUGCAUACAUCAACAUUGGAUGUUAUUAUAUGGUCGGAUUACCUGCUGGCUUACUUUUAGGGUUUAAAUUUGGAUUUGGGGUUGAGGGUAUUUGGGGAGGGAUGAUUGGUGGAAUUGUCUUACAAACCAUAAUCUUGACCAUAAUUACAUCAUGCACCAAUUGGAAAAAGGAGGCCUUGGAAGCAGAGAACCGUAUUAGAAAAUGGGGAGGAUCGGUGGCUGAAGAUUGAUUUGUUUCUUUCAACCUAUUGAUUAUGGCUUGCUUCUUUCAACCUUCUUGGUUAAUACUCUUUUUUCUAUUUUGCAAGUUUUUUUUUUGGGAAAAGUAAAAUUUCUGGGGAACAAUAUCUUUAGGAUGACUUGAUGAGAAGGAGGCAUUUAUUCAA